AUGAAGCUUUUAUCGGAAGCUUACGACCCCUCUCCACCUACUGAAAUAACAAAUACAACAUUUUCAUUUUUCACUGAUCAUUUGAAUGUCACAAUGCUCGAACCACACACAUUUAAAGUAUUGUGUCCAUUUGUUUUUAUAGCUUUCCACAUAUUAUUUUAUUUAUUUACAAUUUGGGUAAUUGAUUUCAAAGUUCUUGUAUUUUAUACAUCAGCAAAAGAAUCAGAUGCAACUCAUGUUAUAUUUUAUCCAAAAUUGCAUCGCGGUCAUGCAGAAAUCGUUCCAUUUAUUCGCACUGACCAUACAUAUGCAAUAUAUCAACAAAAGCGGCGCGAAUACGUAAAUGGUACGUUCAAAUCUUUGAAAUACCCAAAGAAUGAAUUGAUCAAAGACUACUUAGAAAGCAAAGGCUUAUCAUCCAGCGACGCUAAAGAAAAAGAGGCCUAUUUUGGCUCCAACGCAUCCAGCAUACCAGUACCAAGCUUCAAAGAGCUCCUGAAAGAACAUCUUACGACCCCAAUUUUUCUAUUUCAAAUUGUUUCAAUUUCAGCAUGGAUGUUGGACGAUUACAUUAUGUAUCCACUUCUUACACUUCUCUCACUUGUUCUGGUCGAAGCAAACACAGUUAGAACAAGACAAUCAAAUAUGCUCGAAUUACGUGACAUUGAAACUAAGCCAAUCCAAAUCAGAGUACUUCGUGAUGGUCUAUGGAAGAAUCUGCCCAGCGACAAACUAAUUCCAGGCGACAUUGUCCUAUUAAAUUCCGAAAUUAUUUGUCCAGCGGAUAUGUUACUCCUAAGUGGCCGUGUUGUUGUCAACGAAGCCAUGUUAACAGGCGAGAGUACUCCACAAGUGAAAGAAUGCGUCCAAACGCUCGAUCCAGACCACAAACUUGAUUUUUCGUCAGACAAAAGAUACAUUUUAUUUGGCGGAACAAGGAUCGAACAAGUUCUUCCAGAAAAGGCACAUAUCUUUACAGACCAGCCUGGCGCAGUUGCCUACAUACUUGCAACAGGAUUAGGAAGUUCACAAGGUUCAUUAUUAAGAACAAUUUUGUUUGCUAGCGAAAGAAUUUCAUAUGAAUCAAAUGACUCCACGAAAUUGAUUCUUUUCUUGACAUUCUUCGCUUUAGUUGCUUCUGCUUAUAUUGUAUACUUCGGCUGGGGCAAUUCCUCUAUCUCCACAUUCGCUUUGAUUGUUAAUAUCAUUAAAAUCAUCACGAGUACAAUUCCUUCUGAUCUUCCAAUGCAUUUAACUUUACAAGUUAACUCUUCUUUGCUUGCAUUGUCAAGAUUAAAGGUUUUCUGCACCGAACCAUUUAGAAUUCCUUUCGCAGGAACUAUCUCUGUUUGCGCAUUCGAUAAAACAGGAACAUUGACUGCAGAAGAUUACAAUUUAUUAGGAAUUGAUGAAAUAAAUAAUGAAAAAGUGACAGAACAAACAAUUAACAGUGUCACAGGCAAUUUCACGACUGAUUGUGAAUCAUUGUCAUGCGAAACACAAAUGGUUGUUGGCGGAUGCAAUUCAUUAGUGUUUGGUUCAAACAAAAGAUUGGUUGGUGAUCAAUUGGAAGCUGCUGCUUUCACAGCGUUGGAUUUCAAAUUUACAACGCAAACAAACAUUAAAAAUGAGAAAUGCAAGUUCCAGAUUUCCAAGAUCUUCCAUUUCUCUGCACAGUUGAGAAGAAUGACAACUGUUUUAACAACUAUGUCGCCUUCAAAAGGUUUCGAAGUUGUUACAAAAGGAGCUCCGGAAGUAAUUUCAACUUUACUCAAAGAAAUUCCUGAAAAUUACUUCGAAACAUAUAAGAAAUACACAAAACAAGGUUGCAGAGUUCUUGCAUUGGCUCAUAAAACACUUCCUUCGCAAUCAUCAUUGAUUUCUUUGACAAGAGAACAAUGUGAAAGUGAACUGACAUUUUGCGGUUUUGCCAUCUUUUCUGCGCCAUUAAAGAAAGGCACAGAAGACACGAUUGCCUUGUUAUUGAAGAGCACGCACAGGGUUGUUAUUAUUACAGGCGAUGACCCAUUAACAGCUUGUCAUGUUGCGAAGAGAUUGCACAUAAUAAAUUGCGAGGAAUUCGACAAUUUAAUUGCUGAUGAAAAAUAUGACGAAAAAUGUGUCUGUUAUACAGGAAAUUGUUUACAGAAAUUAUCACAAAAAGAGCUGAAUGACGUCUGCAGAAAAGUCAAUGUUUUCGCUAGAAUGUCUCCUGAAAACAAAGAACUUGUUGUCCACACACUUGGAAAUCUCAGUUUCAACACGAUGAUGUGUGGAGAUGGAACAAAUGACGUCAACGCGUUGAAACAAGCCAAUUGCGGUGUCGGAUUAUUGGAGAACUCCAUUGAUACAGCUGUUGACGAUGAAACAUACAGACCAAAGCUUGGAGCUGCUUCUGUUGCUUCUCCAUUUGUUUCAAAGAGAUCAACAAUCUCUGCUUGCACAGAUAUUAUCAGAUUUGGACGUGCAACAUUGUCUGGAACAAUUGACUUGUUUAAGCUGCUCAGUUUAACAUCAUUGAUCACUGCUUACACAUCAUCUGUUUUGUUCAUAAAUAACGUGAAGUUCGGAGAGUUCCAGAUGACAAUUUUCGCUGUAACAAUGACAUUUUCUUAUAUGUCAGUUUCCAUGGCAAAACCUGUCAGAAAUUUGUCACCGGAAAGACCAUUUAGAUCCCAGUUUAAUUGGUAUUUGGUUACAUCAGUUCUUUGCCAAUUCGCUGUACACUUAGUUUUCCUUGUUUUAACUCGCAAUUUGGUAUUCGAAACUGGUUAUAAAACACCAGAAUUCGAUUCGAAAGUUGUUUUUUCACCUUCUUUGAUGAAUACUGCGAUGUUUUUCAUUUCAAACGCGCAACAAUUGGCAACGUUUAUAUCUAACUAUAGAGGAAAACCAUUCAUGACACCUUUCGCAAGCAACAAGGCUUUGUUAUGGUCUUGCAUUGCAACAUUUGUUUUGCUUUUUGGUUUGUUGUUUAAUAGUGAUGAAACAUUAAUUAAUUAUUUCCAAUUUGUCAAAUUCCCGACAUUAAGAUUCAGGAAUUUACUUGCUUUGUAUUGUUUCAUUGAUAUUGUUUUGUGUUAUGUUAUUGAACAGAUAUUGUUGUUCUUGUUCACAUUGCCAAUGAAGUUGAAAUCACAUGACUUAGUUUCACAAGAAACUCUCGAUAAAUUGAAAGAUUACAAAUUCAAUGAUGACGACCAGUUACCAGAGAAUUUGCAUAAGUUUUCUUUCAUUGAUAUGCUUAAGGAAAACUUCCAACUACAGAAGAAUAUGUUGAUAAGAAGAAUCGAAGCAGAUAAGGAAGAGAAACUUAAGAAUAUAUUGGCAAAGAAAUCUGGUUUAACAAAACAAGAACAAAUGAUUCUCAAAGAAUAUAAACAAAAAAUAAAGAAAAAUGCUAAAUAA